GUGUUUCACCGCCCACCACCAAGUAUAUAACUAACCUCGUUCCGCUUACCUUCUCCACUCUUCAUCCGCCUUGCUUCUAGGUUAUCCAUGAUAAGUUGGGUUGUCACCGCAUCAAGAUGUCCCAGCAGCAAUACAGACCAUCGUCCGAUGACGAUCAUCGGGUUCUCCUGCAGCAGGAGGCUGUACGCCGAGCACAAGCAGGUCAACUGCAUUCAUCCAUGAGAACUCAGCACCAGCUCAGUCAACAGCAGGCAGCGUUGAGAAUACGGCAGCAGCAGCAGCAGCAGCUUCGUCAACCGCAACCAAGCUUCGGUAUGUCAAUGAAUGCUGGCUAUUACAAUGAUAUUCCCAUCACUGUGCCCGUCGAUUACACCUGCAGAGGCCCGACUCCAGCUCCAUCCACUCCCUUCGACUAUGCCUGUCGGAAUGGCCCUCUCUCCACUCUCCAGACGCUGCUAUAUUCAAACCCUCAAACUCUAGCCUUCCUGCAUCGAGGACUCACGUACGCUUUGCGGGCUGGAAAUCUCGAGACCGCGGGCUAUCUUCUGGAGAGCGGAGCCCCGGUCCUUCAUCGCACCCCGAUCAGCAUCUGCGAAGGUCCCGACACCCAGCGCAUCCCACUGUUCGAGCUUCUCAGCCAGCAUGGAUGGACCCCCAACACCCACCGUCCCAUCGACAAGGUUUUAAUCAAUCGGCUGGUCAACAAUACACGCCUGCUGCAGUGGUUUCUUGCCCAUGGAUUCGAUCCCGACGACAUCGGCCCGGUCAUAGGGGCCAAAGGACUCACUCCUCUCGAACUGGCCGCGGCCCGCGGCAAUGUCGAAAUCGUCCGUCUGCUUCUCGACGCCGGAGCAAAUAUCCACAACGGCGUCCCGCUGCACCGAGCGGCGGGAAGAUACCCUUCGGAUUGGAGUCCGUAUGUAGCCCACGACCGCGGGACCCAGAGCGAAGAGACCGACCGUGCGCAGCUCCCAGUGAUGGAGUUGCUCGUCGAGCGAGGCGCGGAUGUCAACGCUGCGGAGGAGACGCAGCACAUGACUCAGCGUUAUGCGAUUGUCUAUGCGGCCAUGGCCGGGGCAGUCGAGAGGGUGCGGUGGCUGCUGGCGAAGGGCGCAGAUCCGGAUGCGCGAGGGCCGUUUGGCAGUGCCCGGGAGUAUACCCAGAGAGUGGGUUGGGCGAAAAUGCUCGAACUGAUGGACUGAUAGUGCUAAAGAUGAUCACGAAGGGUCAGAACUUGGCAUGUAGGUUGAUUGUCAAUUCAUGUCAGGCGAGGCUCUCCUCAUCAGCUGCUUCGGAAGACCAGAG